AACCAGGAGCUGUCUCCAGGAAAAGGAACAGCUUCUGGGAAAGAUGUCCUCAUAUCUGUGUCGGGGUGAGGGCAGACUGAAAUAGCAGAGGCGGCUGUGCUGUAAAACUGAAGCGGCUCAGCUGGACUUUGGAGAGAAGUCACAGGAUUGCAGUGGCGGGACUACACAAAAUUAAAAGGUUGUUACUGUACCAGAAUUGGAGAUUGCCCAUAAAAUCAACAGGGAAGGCAUUUACAGUGGCACAUGAUGCUGUGCUAGCUGCCCUUGCAACACCAGUACAACUGCUCCGCAGCAGUCACUUGGGUUCUGCUCUUUACCCUGCGAAGACACUGUUACCACUGCCCUCGUCUAAGGUAAACCUCUGCAACCAUUUCCACAAUGAAAGAUCAGAUGCAGAGGGUCAACCUAUCAAUGGUAUCUGAAUUUGUUCUCGUAGGACUUUCUGAUGCUCUGGAAGUCCGUUUUCUUCUCUUUGUGCUGUUUCUGAUCAUUUAUUUGGCCACCAUGGCAGGCAACAUCACAAUCCUUGUUGCAAUUAGCACAGACACUCAUCUGCACAACCCCAUGUACUACUUCCUUGGCAACUUAUCCUUACUGGAUAUCUUAUGUCCCACUAUCACUGUGCCAAAGAUGCUGGAGGCCUUGUUGCUAGAGAACAAGGGGAUUUCAUUCACUGGCUGCAUGCUUCAGCUGUUCUUCCUUAUUGAUGUUGUAGGUACAGAGAUUUUUCUCUUGGCUGUGAUGGCAUAUGACCGUUACGUUGCAAUAUGUCAUCCUCUGCAGUACAUGAAUAUUGUGAGUAUGAAACUGUGUUCUCACCUAGCCAUUGGCACCUGGGUAGUAGGAUUUUUUAAUUCUCUGUUGCACACAUCUUUGAUUUUUACACUCUUUUUUUGUGGUUCUAAUGAAGUUGACCAAUAUUACUGUGAUAUUCCCCCUAUGCUGGCCCUCUCCUGCUCACCUACUUACAGUAGGGAACUGGUAAUUCUCACAGUUGCUGGGGUCCUUGGAAGCAGUGCCUUUGUGGUCACUCUGAUCUCGUAUAUCUAUAUCCUCUUGGCUAUCCUGAGCAUGAACUCUUCUGAGAGCAGGCACAAAGCUUUCUCCACUUGUGGUUCUCACUUGACAGUAGUAUGCCUUUUCUACGGGACCACCAUUUGCACAUAUGUACGGCCUUCCUCCACCUACUCCCCUAAUCAGGAUAGGAUAGUUUCCAUGCUCUAUGAAAUCCUCACUCCCCUGCUAAACCCUAUAAUCUACAGUCUGAGGAACAACGAAGUUAAAUGUGCCCUAAGAAGAGCGAUCAGCCAGGUAAGAACUGCUUUAACAAGACAAGAACAUCUCUCCAUCUCUGUCACCCUCUGGACCCCCGGCAAUUUGAUAGGCACUGCAGUUUGUGACUGAUCUUCUCUAACUUUAGCCAUCUAAAAGUUAGAUGCUGGAAUCACAACUCCUUCUCUGGGCUCC